UCUUUUCUUGUUAUUUGCUUAUGAUCAAAAACCUUUUACUUGUUGCAUAAUAUUAGAAUAUUUAAUGUAUAAGCUAAGUUGCUGUAUAUAUACACUAAUCAACGUGCUCGAUAUUAUUACAAUCAUUCACCACAGUGAUUAGAAUAAAAUUACCAACUCACAAACACUCUUUGUAUCCUUCGCCAUGGGUUAACCUUUGUGAUGGUUGCGGUUGGACAGGUGGUUAUCGCAAAGACGGUUAUCGUUGCUAUGAGUGUAGAUGUUUUUUUCACAAAGAAUGUGCAGAGGCAUCCUCAGAUAUCCACCAACCAUCUCAUCCUGAACACCCUCUCUCUCUGAUGUUGGAAUGGCCCGAAGUGAAACGCUGCUCAUGAACAUCAACUCAGCCUUACACCAAGGAAAAUAUCUUUUGACUGUGAUGCUUGUGGGAUGGCGGGUGAUCGGAGUCCUUAUUCAUGCCAACAAUGUUAUUUCAUGAUUCAUCAAAGCUGUAUUGACUUACCGGAGAUCAUCAACGUCAACCGUCACGAGCAUCGUCUUUCUAGACGUCUUCAUCUAAGUCUUGGGAGUUGGGUAUGCAGAUUUUGUCACAAAAACGUUGACUGGUCUUAUGGGGCAUAUUCUUGCUCGAUUUGUCCUAAUUAUGUCAUUCAUUCUAAAUGUGCAAUACGAUCUGAUGUAUGGGACAAGUUAGAGCUGAAAGGGAUACCAGAAGAACCUGGAGAUAUCGAACCAUUUAAGGUAAUAGAUGAAAACUUGAUAUGUCAUUUUAGUCACAAGGAACAUUAUUUACAAUUCAACGAGGAAGGUAUCAUAUCCGGUGGAAGCAUUCGUUGUGAAGCAUGUGUCUUACCUAUAUAUUCUCAAGCAUUCUAUAGCUGCGUGCAAUGCAAUUUCAUUCUCCAUAAAACACGCGCUAAUCUUUCUAGAAAGAAACGACAUUUUUUUCACAACAAACCAUUAACUUUAAUAUGUGGUGACAAGAUAGAGCAUUGUGAAAUGUGUGAAACAUAUUCUCAAGGUUUCAAGUAUACCGACUUUAAGUACUGCAGCAUUGAUGUUAAGUGUGCCAUGCUUUCUGAAUCUAUCAUCCAUGAAAGUCAUCCAUGCACCUUGUACUACAUUACCAACACGUAUAUAAAAUGCGCUUCUUGCAAUGAAGGGGGCUGUCGAUCGUUUAGUUGCGAUGACUGCAGCUUUGGACUACAUGAAAGAUGUGCUGUUUUGCCAAAAACAAUACAACACUGGUAUGAUGAACAUCUUAUAUUUUUAUGUUACAACAAAAACAAGAGAGGAGGAGAAUAUUGGUGUGAUAUAUGCGAGGAACAAAUAGAUACCAUGAUCUGGUUCUACACAUGUGAUAGUUGCUGUGUCACGUUCCAUACUGAAUGUGUUCUCGGCGACUUUUCACGUUUUAUGCCGGGACGGAUAGUCACACAUAGAAAUUGGAGGAUCAAAGCGAUGCAAACCAGUCCGGGUUUCUUACCACGUUGUUACAUUUGUCAUACUCAACGCGCAGUUCCCUUUGUUUUAAACUUAUGUAAUCCCCAAAAUAAUGUUUUCAUCUGUUCUUUAGAAUGUUUAGUCAGAACUAGGCUAGGCAGAACCUCAUUUCGUGAAGUUGUGUAUUUUAUUUUAUAUAGAUUUGUAUUAAAUUCAUAUCUACGAAACAAUGAAUAAAUACUGUGUGUGUGUGUGUUUUUUUGAUAGAUUUUUUUUUCGUGAAGCCA